AUGAAUGAAUAAAUUGCAUAUUUAACAUUAUUAUUUGCAAAAUAUUAUAGGAUUUAGAAACUGUAUUAGAAGAAAAUGAAUCUAUAAAGAAAUGUUAAUCAAAUUUCACAACUCGAAAAAGUGAAGUUGAUAAUAGAUUCUCUGUUGGAUUAGAUGAUAAAUUAAUUAAAUGUUUUAAUUCAGUAUGCAGUAGAGUUAAAUAAGUAUUAUAAAUAAGAAUAAACAAAACAUGUUUAUUAAUAUGUUCAACAAUUGUAUCAUCAUUACUUUAACAUAAUUGUAACAGCACUUUAGAUAAUAUUCCUAUUUAUUCUACUCCAUAUCGAAAUUUCAAAAUAAUUAAAAGAUAAGAAAAACAAAUAAUUUAGAGAUCUCCAAUUCAGUGAAUGCAAAAUGAUAAUGUAUAUCUUUAAGAGAUGGAAAAAAAAUUAUAUUAAAAUUACAACUAUUUUAUCUAGUAUCCAGAGAGGUUUACAACAGGAUUAAGAAAUUCAAAUCUAAUCUUACCUCAAUGAACUUACCAAAACUGACCUAAUGAAAAGUAGAUUUUAUAUCAAAUCUAAAGAAAUCAUUUUUAGAGAAUAUUAAUUUUAUUUAAUGCCAUAAUGA